CUGGUCACUCAUCAUCGGGACAACAACCUGGUCACUUACCAUCGGGACAACAAUAUGGUCACUCAUCAUCGGGACAACAACCUGUUCACUCAUCAUCGGGACAACAACCUGGUCACUCAUCAUCAGGACAACAACCUGUUCACUUACCAUCGGGACAACAAUAUGGUCACUCAUCAUCGGGACAACAACCUGUUCACUCAUCAUCGGGACAACAACCUGGUCACUCAUCAUCGGGACAACAACCUGGUCACUUACCAUCGGGACAACAAUAUGGUCACUCAUCAUCGGGACAACAACCUGUUCACUUACCAUCGGGACAACAAUAUGGUCACUCAUCAUCGGGACAACAACCUGUUCACUUACCAUCGGGACAACUAUCUGGUCACUCAUCAUCGGGACAACAACCUGUUCACUUACCAUCGGGACAACAAUAUGGUCACUCAUCAUCGGGACAACUAUAUGGUCAAUCAACACUCGGCCUAAUACCUGGUCUACCAUCACCCGGACAUCAACCAGGUCGAUAUAGCCAAUAUGGAUAUGGCAACAGACUUGGCAAUGGAGAUGGUGGGGUACAUCGCCAGAACCACGGCUCUAAAAUGCCAUUCGAUGAUACCAAUCCGCAGAGCCCCCAAAUCCCAUCUUCCAAUUACGAACCAGUUUUGGGACAGAAUCCUCAUGCCGACAGUUGAAGUGGAACAUAACGUAAGAAUCAAAUGUGGACUUCCUGGGAUCUCUCCUGAUGGCUGCAAAGCCAUACACUGCUGCUACCAUAGCGAUCAGUGCUUUUAUGGAAAGGCCGUGACCGUCCAGUGCACCAAGGACGGCCAGUUCAUCGUCGUAGUAGCGAGAGAUGCCACUCUGCCCAACAUCGACCUCGAGUCAAUUUCACUGUUGAGCAAAGCUGAAGGCUGUACACAUGUUGACUCUAAUUCAGACUUUGCCAUCUAUAACUUUCCUGUUACCUCAUGUGGAACCGUUGUUUUGGAGGAGUCUGGUGCUAUAAUCUAUGAGAACAAAAUGCUCUCCACAUAUGAAGUGGAAUCCGGGAGUCGUGGAGUCAUUACCAGGGACAGUAAAUUUGAAUUGCUCUUCCAGUGUAGGUACAUCGGCAGCGCUGUUAAAUCUUUGGUUGUAGAUUCAGGAAUUAUAGAAAUGAUUCCAACAAUUGCUCUUAUGGGACCCAUCCGAGUAGAACUGAGGUUGGGUAGUGGACAGUGCUUUGUAAAGGGUUGUUAUGAAGAGGAGGUGGCCUAUACUUCGUAUUACACGGACGCUGACUAUCCUGUGUCCAAAGUACUGAAGGACCCUGUGUACGUGGAGGUUCAACUCCUUGAAAAGACAGAUCCCAACCUUGUCCUGACUCUUGGUCGCUGUUGGGCGACCACAAGCCCCAACCCUCACAGUCUGCCCCAGUGGGACAUUCUGACAGACGGGUGUCCAUGCAGGACUGAUAACUACAUGUCCUCACUGGUUCCAGUCGAUGCCUCCUCUGGUCUGGCCUUACCCAGUCACUACAGACGUUUCUUUUUCAAAAUGUUUACCUUUGUUGACCCCAUGUCAUCUCAACCCAUGAAGGAACAGGUGUAUAUUCACUGCAGUACAGCUGUGUGCACUCCUGCAGGAAGCUGGUCCUGUGAACCAAUGUGCUCCGGAGUAAAAAGGAGAGGUGCCAGGGCUUUGAGGGAGACCAAAUCUGAGCCAAAGGUUGUGGCUUCUGUUGGACCAGUGAUCAUGGGUGUGCCUUUGCAGUAAGCAGCAGUGUCGAACUCAAGCUUUUGGUCGAGAUCAUGAAGUAAAUGAUUUGCAUUUGACUUACUGUAUAUGGUAAGAAUUGAAAAAAAGAAGACAAAAGUGUGCUGCAGGAAGAUUUCAACUGUUUCCCAAAAAUAUUGCAGACACAUUUGUAUUAAAAGAUAUUGUCUUUGA